UGAAGUUGUCAAUCAAAUUAACUGUAGCCAAUCGGCUUAAAGGGCGUUGUCCUGUCCGUGUUUCUGAUUGGGCUGCAGAGCGCUUACGCUAGGUGACGUCACCACUGGUAGCCAAGCAGCUGCAGCGUGUGAAUAUGGCGAACAUCAGAAGUGUCAAGGGUAUGGUAGGUCUGGUGACAGGAGGGGCCUCUGGUUUGGGCAGAGCCACUGUGGAGCGGCUCAUCAGUCAGGGGGCCAGCGCUGUGAUCCUGGACCUGCCCAGCUCAGAUGGACACAAGGUGGCCGCUGCUCUCGGAGACCGAUGUGCAUUUGCACCUACUGAUGUCACGUCGGAGUCAGAUGUGAGAUCGGCUGUGGAUUUGGCCAGGGAGAAGUAUGGCAAAGUGGACUUGGCUGUGAACUGUGCUGGGAUAGCUGUGGCUGUGAAAACAUACAACUUUAAGAAGGACCUUCCUCACAGUCUGGAGGACUUCACUCGUGUUAUCACUGUGAACAUCGCUGGGACUUUUAAUGUGAUCAGACUGGCUGUAGGGGAGAUGGGAAAGAAUGAGCCUGAUGCAGAUGGACACAGAGGCUGUAUCAUCAACACAGCCAGUGUUGCUGCUUAUGAUGGACAGGUGGGUCAAGCUGCGUACUCUGCAUCUAAAGGUGGGAUUGUGGGUAUGACACUUCCUAUUGCUCGAGACCUUGCACCAAUGGGGAUCCGUGUGGUCACCAUCGCCCCAGGUCUGUUUUCCACCCCACUUCUAGCAGGAUUACCUGAGAAAGUGCGAAGCUUCCUGGCCAGACAGGUGCCCUUCCCGUCACGUCUGGGAGAUCCAGCGGAGUUUGCACACCUCGUGACUGCAAUAGCAGAAAACCCCAUGAUCAACGGCGAGGUGAUUCGCUUGGACGGAGCCAUCCGCAUGCAACCCUGAAAGAAAAAAAGGAAACGAGUGGAGAAACUCCAGUUGAAAUAUCCAAAACUGGUCAAAACAGACCUAAACUUACUAAGCAUUUUCAGCAUAAAGUUAAGGUACUUUGUAUCUGAGUGGAAGUGCUACCACUCCCAUGAGUGGAAAUCUUGUAGAUUUUUCAGCUCUUGAGUCUGUGUUGUAUUUAUAUACUGACUGCAAUUCUGUGUCUCUGAGGUACUAAUGACUGAUGUGUCUCCAUAGGAAAUCCAUUUAUACAAUCAUAAGGUUGUACAGGAUUCAUGAAAAUUGAAUGUCUCUGGUAUCCACGUAUCUUUUUGUGUAAUAUAAAAUAUGUAAAACAUGACAGGAUGAGUUUGAAUGAAUUAACAUUUGCUGAUGUAGAUAUGCUCAUGGAUCACUAAACGCAGCUUCAGGAAAGAUGGUCAAUAUGAAAUGUUUUGGAUUUGCCACUAUACUGACUAUUAUAUCAGUGGUUCUCAACCAGGGUGCUGGGACCCACUAGGGGGCCUCACCAUGACUUAAAAUAAUUCAAAUUAAAAUAUUCAUACAAUUCAAAUGAAAUCUACUGCUAUUAAAUGUUGUCACAAUACACAAAUUAUGACUUCGAUGCAAUACCAGACUAAAUUAUCUGGAUACCACAAGAAAAACAAACUGAAUAAUAAAUGACAGAAUGUGAAA